UCAGGUAAAGUUCUCUUUUUGAGAUUUGAAGCACUGCCUGCUCCAGUCUCCUGUCAUUUUCUUGAUUUGUUGUAUUUGUUUGGUACUAAUAUAAGUAAAUAGCACUAAUUUUGACAAUCAUGUUGAAUCACUCGGAGGAGCGCUACCUGGUUCUGGAGAACUACAUUGGAGGAAAGUUCAUUCCUUGUCGUAGUCACAUCGACUCCUUCGACCCAUCCACGGGCGAGGUUUACUGCAAAGUACCAGACAGCGGCAAGGAGGAGGUGGAGGCAGCGGUGGCAGCAGCGAAAGAAGCUUUCCCUGGCUGGUCUGCUCGCAGCCCAGAGCAGCGAGCACAGAUUCUCAACAAGCUGGCUGACCUGAUCGAAGCUCACCUGGAGGAGUUUGCCCAGGCUGAGUCCAGAGACCAAGGUAAAACAGUAACGUUUGCACGGACUGUGGAUAUUCCCCGCACUGCGUACAACUUCCGCUUCUUUGCAUCAUCCGUGCUCCACCACACCACCGACUGCAGCCAGAUGGACCACAUGGGCUGCCUCAAUUACACUAUCCGCUGCCCUGUGGGAGUGGCUGGUCUGAUUAGCCCCUGGAAUCUCCCCCUGUACCUACUGUCGUGGAAGAUUGCACCUGCAAUCGCUGCUGGCAACACAGUGGUAGCCAAGCCCAGUGAGAUGACCUCUGUGACUGCCUGGAUGAUGUGCAAGUUGAUGCAGCAGGCUGGUGUUCCUCCAGGAGUAGUCAACAUCAUAUUUGGGACUGGCCCACAAGCAGGCGAUGCCCUUGUUGGCCAUCCUGAAGUCCCCUUGAUUUCUUUCACCGGCUCCACGGCAACGGCCCAACGCAUCACAGAGCGGACUGCCCCCUACUGUAAGAAGCUUUCACUGGAACUAGGAGGGAAAAACCCUGCCAUUAUCUUCGCUGAUGCAGACCUGGACCAAUGCAUUGAAACUACUGUUCGCUCCAGCUUUUCCAACCAGGGAGAAAUCUGCUUGUGCACUAGUAGGAUUUAUGUAGAGAGGAGUAUUUACUCCAAGUUCCUUGAGAGGUUUGUGGCUGCAGCUAAGAAGUGGAAGACCGGUUUGCCCUCUGACCCCAGCAACAACAAUGGAGCACUCAUCAGUAAAGAGCACCUGGAGAAGGUUCGUAGCUUUGUAGCACUUGCCAAAUCUGAAGGUGGCAUCAUCCACUGUGGUGAGGGGGUUGACCAGCUGGACCUCCCAGAACGCAACCGGAAUGGCUACUUCAUGCCACCCACUGUCAUCUCAGGCUUGUCUGACAACUCCAGAGUCAUACAGGAGGAAAUUUUUGGCCCUGUCACCUGUGUCAGCCCCUUUGACACAGAGGAUGAAGCUGUUUCUAAGGGUAACGGGGUCCGCUAUGGUCUGGCAGCCACUGUGUGGUCACGAGACGUGGGGAAGGUUCACCGGGUGGCCAAGCGGUUACAGGCAGGUCUGGUGUGGACCAACUGCUGGCUGGUGAGAGAUCUGAACCUGCCCUUUGGAGGGAUGAAGAAUUCUGGUGUUGGAAGGGAGGGAGGGAAGGAUUCCUACCACUUCUUCACAGAGGUGAAGAGUAUCACCAUCAAACACUGAAAAUGCAAAGGAAGAUGACAGCAGAGGCAUGUGUUGAAUGGAGGAACAUUUUCUGUUUGAAGUAGGUGCACACGUGGAGAAGGUUUGUCUUGACACCCAUAAGUCUCUGUCAGCAACAUUUUCAAAAAUGUAUUUCUCCUCCCACCCCUGUGAAUACUGGAGCCUUUAAUUAAGUCACAUUUUUAGAUUACAAAAGUCAGAGGAAGUCCAUGGACGUAUGGGCUUUGAAGCAAAUUUGAUUUAGUGGCCAAACACAUUUUCAAAGUCUAGAAGAGCUGCAUCAUUGAAUUGUUUUAUCCCCAUUCAAGUUAGCUGGAGGGCCAAACUGGAAGUUACAUCUGUCUCAGCUGGCAUUAGUCUCUCUGAGCAUGCUCCUUGGGCACAUCGGGCCCAUAGAGUGUGUGCAGUAAGUUUUCUCCCAGGUAAUUUCUUUACAAUAGGAAGUGCCUUCUUUGGCUUCAUAUGCCACUGAACAACUUUCAUGGGAAUGAACCAGCCCACCUCCAAUGCUCUUUAUACAUACAUUGUAAUCCCAUAAAAAAGUAUAGUAAAAAAAAAAAUCCACAGUGCGAAAUGCUGUAAUAUUUAUACCUUUGCUGAAUAUUUUGUAAUACUAUCCUCCUCUGUUGAAGCUGAUACACAUGGAGUGAUAAGUGCGUCAGAGUUUUUCUUAAAACUAGAAUGAGUACAGACCAGACAAGAUUAAAGCUUAGUAAGAGAAGAAGUCAAGAGUACAAUUUAUAAAUUUAAUCCAACAUCCCUCAUACAUUUAUACUGCAAAGAAACGUUGGAAUAUUGAAAAAAAUGGUCUGUGAAGCAGGUAAACACAAGAUCUGAUGCGUCCCUCAGGCUAACCAAAACCAAGAGGCAAAGCAUUGUAGGUGAAUUUCAUUAGCGUGACCAGGUUAAUUUUUUCUGUUGUUUUGUAUCAAAUAGAAGCAUUUUCCCAAAUUAAAGCACCUUGUACGAAUGCCA